AUGUCUACUUCUGAUCCUUCUAUGUUUAUCUAUCUCUGUGGUGAUGAUACUGCUGUGCUGCUCCUUUAUGUGGAUGAUAUCAUACUUACAGGAAGUUCAGAAUACUUCAUUACUUCUCUUAUCAAUCAGAAGAAGACUGAGUUUGCUAUAAAGGAUCUAGGUGAUCUCUAUUAUUUUUUGGGGAUUGAAGCUCAAUUCUCUUCUUCAAGAGACACUCUAACUCUUGCUCAGAAAAAGUACAUUGUGGAUCUCUUAGUUAAAGAAAACAUGACAGACUGCAAGUCAUGCUCUACACCAGUCUCAUCUGAGAAACGAGUUUCAGUUCAUAAUGGUGAACCACUUCCUGAUGCUUUGGAUUUCAGAAGUCUAGUUGGAGGACUGCAGUACCUUACACUUACUGGUCCUGAUAUCACAUUUGUUGUUAACUACAUCUCUCAGUUCAUGCACUCACCAACAACUACACACAUGCUUUUGGUUAAAAGGGUGUUGCGCUAUCUCAAAGGUACAUUGGGUUCAGGUAUCAUCAUUCAAAGUGGAGAUAUUAGUAAGCUUACCUCCUACUCAGACUCUGAUUGGGAUGGUUGCCCAGAUACUAGAAGAUCAACUUCAGGGUAUUGUGUGUUCUUGGGAAACUCAUUGGUGUCCUGGUCCUCCAAGAAACAACCAACUGUUUCAAAGAGUUUCAUUGAAGCUGAGUACAAGGCUUUGAGUGUAUUGGUUGCUGAGGUUAUGUGGUUAUCUGGCCUUCUUUAA